CGAUGUCGCAUUCGCUCGUUCGCUUCGCCAAAGCAGGACACGAAAUCUAGACGUGAAGAUUUUCGUUUGAAAUUAUUUUUUUGAAUUAUCUAAGUGAACAAAGAAACGUGGAUUGGUCUUUAAUAAAUUUGAGCUUUUUCACGUGAUUUUUAUUAUACGACAGACAGGAGUUCUGUUGUGGAAUUCUGUGGUCGUAUAGAAUAAGAAGAAGAAGAAGAAGGAGAAAACUCACUUCUGUCUGGGGUUUUCGUUGUCCUGAAUUUUUUAUUUCGUCUAUUCUCUUGUGAAGACGACACAGGCAGUGAGACUCAUCUAGAGUGUCAGGCACUUGGUCGUUUGAACAAUAUUUUUAAAUUAAGAGCAAGCCUGUGAAUCGCGUGAAAAUCAAUUGGAUUUUCGAAGAAAACAGAAUAAAGGAAGAAAGUUAUGAUGGCAGUUGCAGCAGCACAGAAGAAUCGCGAAAUGUUCGCUAUCAAAAAAUCUUACAGCAUUGAGAACGGUUAUCCGGCACGCAGACGAUCUCUUGUUGAUGAUGCACGCUUUGAGAGUCUUGUCGUAAAGCAAACAAAACAAAGUGUUCUUGAGGAAGCCCGUCAAAGAGCAAAUGACUCUAGCACUGAUCCAGCAGAUUCUACUCAAAACCAGCUGGACAAUGAAGAGCCUUAUACAUCGUCUAGUGAUGAUGAACAAGCAGAAACAUUGAGCUGUGCUGCUAAAGAAGGAGAAGCAAAAGCAGAAGCUUCUUCGUCUGAUGGUGAAGAAAAACCUGGUGACGAUGAUUAUUAUGGACUCACUGAGGAAGAAGUGGUUCUGGCAAAAACAAUAUCCGAAAGCUCGGAAAGUGAAACAACAGUCCAAAAGGCAGCCUUGAUGCUACGCUUGCGUGAAGGAAUUGGUUCUUUGGCUCGUAUUCUAAAAACUGUGGAGAAUUUCAAGGGAACUGUAACUCAUAUAGAAUCUCGUCCAUCUCGUAAAGAAGGAGCGCAAUUUGAUGUUCUAGUUAAAGUGGAUAUGACUCGUCAAUGUCUUUUACAAUUAAUUAGAAAUCUAAGACAAAGUUCGUCUCUUGGUGAAGUCACUCUACUUGCUGACAAUUCAGUGAGUAUCAAAGAUCCUUGGUUCCCACGUCAUGCAUCUGAUCUUGACAACUGCAACCACCUGAUGACCAAGUAUGAGCCUGAUUUGGACAUGAACCAUCCUGGAUUCGCAGACAAGGAGUAUCGAGCACGUCGAAAGGUCAUUGCAGAAAUUGCAUUUGCUUAUAAAUAUGGAGACCCCAUUCCUUCCAUUCCUUAUACUGAAACGGAGAAUGAAACCUGGUUCCGUGUAUUCAGUACUGUUGAAGAUUUAGUACCUAAACAUGCUUGCAUUGAAUAUCAAAAAGUAUUCAAAAAAUUGAGAGAUGAGAAAAUUUUCGAACCCCACCGGAUUCCUCAGCUCCAAGAAGUCAGUGAUUUCUUGAAGAAAAAUACUGGAUUCACUUUACGUCCUGCUGCAGGUCUUCUCACUGCACGAGAUUUCUUAUCAAGUCUUGCUUUUCGAGUAUUCCAAAGUACACAAUAUGUUCGACAUAUCAAUAGUCCAUACCAUACUCCUGAACCUGAUUGUAUCCAUGAACUUCUGGGUCAUAUGCCUUUGCUCGCUGAUCCAAGCUUUGCUCAGUUCUCCCAGGAAAUUGGUUUAGCUUCUUUGGGUGCUUCUGAUGCAGAAAUUGAGAAACUUUCUACCAUUUACUGGUUCACGGUUGAAUUUGGACUCUGCAAAGAAGGAAAAGAAGUUAAAGCUUAUGGUGCAGGACUUUUAUCAGCUUAUGGAGAACUUCUUCAUUCUCUGAGUGACAAAUGUGAGCAUCGACCAUUCGACCCUAAUACUACUGCUCUCCAGCCCUACCAAGAUCAAGAAUUCCAACCUAUUUACUACGUUGCGGAAAGCUUUGAAGACGCAAAAGAAAAAUUCCGUCGUUGGGUUAGCACAAUGAGUAGACCUUUUGAAGUAAGGUUUAACCCUCAUACACAAAGAGUAGAAGUUCUUGACUCUGUGGAAAGACUUGAAAGUCUCGUUACUCAACUUAAUACUGAGAUGAUUCAUUUGACGAAUGCUAUCAAUAAAAUGAAGAACUCACGAAUGUAAAUUGAUUCUCCCGUAUUUUUUCUGUGAGCUGUAUAGUUUGCAAGUAAUGUUUAAUUAUCUAAUAAUUUUUGUACACUGAGGUAAAAAAUGAAUCUUAAUUUAAUCGAUUAGAUAGAAAAUUCAUUUUUUAAAUAAUUAUCUUUCAUUUCUUUUCAAACUAUAUAUUGGAAAAAAAUACUAAACUAUUGAUAAUAAUUGAAUUGAAGUAGUUUUAAUUUAUCUCAGUGUACGGUUAUUGUUUAGAAUCAGAACCCAGUAUUUCUUCUUCUUAUUAUAGAGCAUACUAGGAUAUCAUUAGUCAUUUUGCCGAACCCACUUCUUCUGUAUAAAGUCAUUCAUGAUCCUUGCUAUUCUGUUUCAAAUCGUUAAAAUUCAUUUUCAGAUUAAAUAUUAUCAUUUCUUCAAAUAUUCAUGUCUAUUUGAAAUUAUUUCAUUGAAUUAAGUCAACUAAAAAUUAUAUAUAAAUAUAUAUAUAAUGAUAAUUAAAAGUGAAAUUUAACGUAGAGUUAAAAUUAAAUUCCUUUGGCGAAGUGAAGACUCAACGUUUUAUUUCACUUAUGAUGAGUACAGUUUCCUUUAUUUUUCUUUGGAAAUAGAAAGGAGACUAAGACAUUGGAAAGUUGAAGAAGUGAAUUUAUGGAUAUCUGAAAAUCAAAUUUUAUGGAUUUAUUUAAGAUAAAUUAUCAUAUAAUAUUAUUAUUUUAUUAUUAAUAUUUUAUUAUUAUUAUAAUUAUUGUUAUUAUUACAAUUGUAAUAUUUUAUUUGUUUAAUCUUUCAUUGCACUGACUGCACUUUGAAGAUUAUUUUGUGAAUUAUUAUUAACUAAAAAAAAGUUUAAAGAACAAAAUGUAUUCACGUUGAACAAUUAACGAUAAAUUAAAAUCUAUAUAAUUAUAAGAGAGAAUCCUUUAAUUAAUGUCAGUAUAUAACGCAAUAAAGUUAUUUAAUUGUUGCAAAAAUAAUCACUAAGUAUUGUGAACAUUUUUGCUGUAAGACAAUACUGAAAAAUCAGCUCUGUAGAAUUCUCCAUUAAUAUUAGAAUUAAACAAACGAUGUAUAUUGUAAUUUAAAAACAUAUUUAACGAAAAAUUAAUGUUCAAAAAUAAUUAAUAUAUAUUUUCAAGUUUAACGUUAUUUUUGAUUGUAUAGUAAAUGAGGCUAUUGAUUAUUGUUAAUGAUUAUUCAUUAAAUUAUUAAUAGAAAUUUAUGUUUAAAAAUUGGUGUAUACAGAAUCGUUGGAGUUUUAAGUUGCAUUUUAUGCAGAUUAAAGUUUAAUGACAAUUUACUGAUAAUAUCAAUCUUAUUUUUGCACACAUCUGUGCACAUUGUACUUUUAGUUAUGAAGAAUUGCAAUAAUAAUAAACUUUAGUUGAACAAAAA